GCCCUCACUCUCCUUCUUUCUCUCACAAAACCACCGUUAAUCAUUUCUCCAAGAUCUCUAAAACACAAAAUAACUAAUCUCUCUCUCUCUCUCUCUCUGAAAAACCAUGUCAACAGAGACAACGUCCACAACCGACCCGAGUCCAGACCCGGCUCCAACACCAAACCCGAAUUCAAACUCCCUAAUCCACCCACGACGGGAGCCAUUCGAGCACGGACUCUUACCAAUCCCCAAACUAAUCUUCCCUGACACGACACAAAUCCUAACACAACUCAAACAAAAACUCGCUCGUCACGACCGAGUCAAUUCAUCCUUACUCGCUGACUCUCUUCAGAUCUCCGCCGACCACGCGAGGCUGAUCCUCGACACGCUUGCUUCGGUCCUGAAUUCCGAGUCCGACCCGCUCGUGAAAGCUCCGUCCGAUGAGGUUGAUUCAGUUGAUGCCGAUUUGCGUGAUCUGAUUUUGUUUCUAUACAUCCAGUCUUACAAGAAGUUGUUGCCGAGAACGCAUAAAGAUGCUGCUGCUGUUGCUGAUGUUUGGCCGUCGACCUCAGCUUUCGAUGGCUACUUAUCGGCUCUAUCGCCGCUUCAGCUUGUGCGUAGCAACAGCCGCCGGUUUAUGCCAUCGCAGGCAGAUGAAGAGGCUCAUCAGUUGUCCUACCUACAAAAACACAUGGCUAACAUUCUCUCUCUUUUGGCAGAGUCCGUGGAAGGAGAAGGAGGAGAGUCUCUGGUUUUAUCCAUGGAAGGAUUUGAGCACCUUGGAUUUCUGAUUCAAUUUGGUGACAAGGGAUCUGAAGUAGUCACCUUAAGCCAAGCUGCUCCAUUUUUUGCCAAUUCUGAUCCUGACAUGCCCGCUGUUCCUGUACCUGCCACACAAGUCCUUGAUUGGAUUUCACAGAAUAUCGCAUCUGCUUUGGAGCAUAUUACUGAAAGAAUUUCAGCAAAAGAAAAUGGACCAGCCAAUUCAUCUGAUCCUGAUGUUGCCAUGGCUGAUGCCUGUACAAGUUCAAUCAAGACCUCGCCUAGUGCUAGGGGUUUAUGUUUUAUUGAGGGGAUCUCUAAGUCAUCAUUUGUAAAGCAAGCAUUGGAUCUUAAAGGUUGUUCUUCGGUAAAGGUUCUGAAUUGUCAUGAUUCCAUCCUUUACAUCUUAGCACCUUUGAGAUAUGCUACCAUUUAUGGAUGCUCUGAUUCCACUAUAGUUCUUGGAGCUGUUGGCAAGGCUGUGAGGAUUGAACAUUGUGAGCGAGUUCAUGUUAUUACAGCAGCAAAACGAGUCUGCAUUGCCAAUUGUCGUGAGUGUGUGUUCUUUCUUGGGGUAAAUCAACGACCAUUAAUGGUUGGUGAUAACCAUAAGUUACAGGUGGCACCAUACAAUACAUUUUAUUCAAACUUGGAGGAGCACAUGGCUGACGUAGGCAUAGAUGCAAAUAUCAACAGAUGGGAUGAAACUUUAGCCUUGGGAGUGGUUGAUCCCCAUGAUUCAUUGUCCCAUUCUGCUGGUGUCUCUGAUGUUCAAGCUGAAUCAGCUGCACGACUGGACCCUGACCAAUUCACCAAUUUUCUGAUUCCAAACUGGUUUGGAGGUGAAUCCCCAGGGUCAACAAAAGAUAACCCAUUUCAAUUACCCGAGGCUUAUAUAGCAUCUCAGCAGAGAAAUCAAAAGAAUCUGGGAGAGAUAAAGCAAUUAUUGAGGGAAGUUCCUCUUGAAGAAAAUCAGAAGCGGGAAUUGUCAAGUGCACUCCACCUAUUAUUUAAAGACUGGCUAUAUGCUUCAGGAAAUAUCAGACAACUUUACUGCCUACAAGGUGAUUAAUGAUGGAUGAUUGUUUGGUGCAAUCAAGGGUGUUUUCAGAAGGAAGCUUUCUGUUGUUCUUUCAGUCUUGAUGAUAUAUCAAAUGGUAGUAUAUAGAGACAGCUGAGAAUCAACCCUGUGUACUUUGAUCCUUUGGAGUGGACAUUUAUCCGGUAUCGUUGGAGCAGAGAAUGCACUGUCUACUCUCAGUGUAAUAUUUUUUGAAAGGAAAUUUUACUGUAAUAUUUGUUGAUUUAGGUUCACAAUCUUGUGAA